CCCCCAUUAAAAGAGAUGACAAAAAUUGGACACUGUGUUUAGUUAGACAACAAAUUUCACAUUCGCCAGUACGCCUGCUUCAGCCAUUGACUUAAAAUGCAAGUCGUCGUUAUAGUCUUUAUAGCGUUCAUUUUGAGCGUAACGGAAAUAUCAGCUCGAUUUAUAUCUGAUAACAUAUGUUUGGCAAUGCCAAAUGGUCAGAAGCUUCCUAUUACUGAUGAUUGCGGAUCAUACAUAGUAUGCGAGUACAAUGUGCAAAAAGUUCAGCGCUGCGCAUAUGGCACCCUUUUCGAUCCGAUUUCGAUGGUAUGCAACUGGGCCUCUUUUGUCAAGUGUGGACAAACACCGUCGCUCCCGCCAAUUAUUCUUGCACCCUCGUCCACUUCUGUUGCAAUUCCGACUACGUUCAAGCCACCAGCGGAAUUUCCAAGCAUACCGACCGCACCGACGCCACUACCGACAACUGUAACAGUGAGAACAACCACUAAUAACCCGUAUGAGCCUCCGUAUAUUCCUACAGCUCCUACCGCUUCACCCACACUGCGACCUCCUGUAGUCGUUACUUCCAUUCCGACGAUACGUCCAACCACUACCACACGUCCAGUGAUUACAACCACUCCCCCGUUCAAACCACCUAUGAACCCUUAUCCAUUCUGUACCCCGGAAGAGUUUAGCUUCAUCGCACACCCAACAGCAUGUGAGAGUUACUAUAUUUGUGCCUACGGUAAGCUGAUUCUGCAUAGCUGUGGACAUGGUGUUUACUGGAAUACAGCCACCAAUCAGUGUGACUUUCCGGAAAAUACCGACUGCACUAAUCUUCCUAAUCCGGCCGCUCCGGAAACGUCUACCCCGUCCGCUGAAACAACAACGAUAUCAAGCACUCCGGACUGUUAUGGCAGUAACAUUUUUUACCCCAACUACAACGACUGUAGCCAGUAUUACAUCUGCAUCGGGCUACAGCCAAUAUUGAUGAGCUGUCCCACCAGCUAUUUGUGGAAUAGUAAAACAUCUCAAUGCGAUCAGCCUGGUAAUGCAGUAUGUGCGCAGAAAUAACAAAUUUGCUCUUAUAGGAAUGAUAAUUUUGAAUGAUGAAAAACGUGAAUAAAUUUUUUCUUCCGCAUCUGAUAAUGAAAUACGAUCGGUUAUUUUC